UAGAUGCAUCGCCAUUGUCGCCCCUGGUUAUUACGUACAAGGAAACAAUAUCUACGUUCUUAUUCCACUAUUACUCCCGAUUACGAUGUUGUUGUUAUAGGUGGUGGUCAUGCUGGUACUGAAGCUUGUACUGCUGCUGCUCGAGUAGGUGCAAGAACCUUAUUGAUCACACAGAAUCCAGAUACCAUUGGUGAAAUGUCCUGCAAUCCUUCAUUUGGUGGUGUUGGUAAAGGUGUACUUGUUCGAGAAGUCGAUGCUCUUGACGGUGUUUGUGGAAGGAUCUCUGAUCUUUCUGGUAUUCAAUUCAAAGUGUUAAAUCGAUCAAAAGGACCUGCUGUUUAUGGACCAAGAGCACAAAUUGAUCGGGCCUUAUACAAACAACAUUUGCAAGCCUAUUUGAAAGAUUAUCCGAAUUUGACCAUAAAAUCUGGUAGUGUAGCCGACUUGGUUUUGGAAAACAAUAAUACUCAUUCUACGAAAGGACAACAAACGGUACGAGGUGUACGAUUAGAAAAUGGUCAGGUAGUGCGAACUCCUAAUGUAGUGAUCACAACUGGAACCUUUUUGGGUGGGGAAAUCCAUUUGGGACUGAAAGUUUGGCCUGCAGGACGUAUUAACGAAAAUCCAUCAAUUGGUCUUUCAAAAUCAUUACACAAGGCUGGUUUUCAACUGUCAAGAUUGAAAACAGGAACACCGGCAAGAUUGGAUGGUCGAACAAUCAAUUAUGAAGGUCUUAUUGUAGAAAAAGGAGAUCAUCCUCCGUCACCAUUUUCAUAUUUACAUAAAACAGUACCAUACGCAGAUCAACAAGUUUUAUGCCAUCAAACUAGAACCAAUCCGGCUGUACAUGAUUAUAUAGAAAAACAUUUUGAUCAGAGUAUUCAUAUACGAGAAACGGUGCAAGGACCAAGGUAUUGCCCAUCAUUAGAAAGCAAAAUCAAACGAUUCCGUCACAAGUCAAGUCAUAAUAUCUGGUUGGAACCUGAAGGUUUGGACAGUCAUCUGGUUUAUCCGAAUGGAAUUUCAAAUACCAUGCCUGAAGAUAUUCAAAUCAACUUUUUACGAAUGAUUCCUGGUUUAGAAAAGGUGGAUAUGGUUCGACCAGCUUACGGUGUUGAAUAUGAUCAUGUUGAUCCACGGGAAUUACGAUCUACUUUGGAAACCAAACGUAUUGAAGGUUUAUUCAUGGCAGGACAAAUCAAUGGUACAACAGGAUAUGAAGAAGCAGCAGCACAAGGGAUUAUGGCAGGCAUCAAUGCUGGAUUACGAUCAUUGGGUCGACCACCAUUUAUACUAGAUAGAUCAGAUGCAUAUAUUGGUGUUCUAAUUGAUGAUUUGAUUACCAAAGGUGUAAAAGAGCCUUACCGUGUCUUUACUGCAAGAUCAGAAUAUCGAUUAUUAUUACGUGCAGACAAUGCAGAUAUGCGAUUAACAAGAAAAGGUUAUGAAGCAGGUGCCAUUGGAAAAGAUAGAUGGUCUCAAUUUAUAGAAACGGAAACAAAAUUGAUGAAUACAAUGAAUCUAUUAGAAGAAACCAAGAUGACAGCAAAUAAAUGGGCUACCUUUGGAAUCAAGCCUAAUAAUGCGACAAAAACAAGGAAUGAUCAUGGUUCAUUAAGAAGUGGUAUCGAUUUAUUGUCAUGGGCAGGUAUUACAUUGGCAGAUUUUACUCAGGUAUUACCAUCCUUGAAAGACUUGGAACCCUCUUUGACAGAACGAAUAAUGAUUGAAGGACGAUAUAAACCUUUUUUAAAACGUCAACAAGCUGAAGUCGAAGCAUUAAAAAGGGAUGAAAACUUAUUAUUGGACAUUGAUUUAGAUUACAACAGUUUGAAUCAAUUAUCUAACGAGAUUCGGAAUAAGCUUGCUAUUGUGAAACCUGAAACGUUGGGUGCUGCGAAACGAGUGGAAGGAAUGACACCUGCUGGAAUGAUUGCUUUACUAAAAUAUGCUAGAAGGGGAAGAUCCACUACUGUUACACCACUGGAACGACAAACAGUUGCAUAGAAUCGGUGUCCCUCAUUGUCUUCUUUUUUAGUUUAGAUAAUAAUACCUUAUUAUUUAAAAAAUAUUAUAUCACAUUCAUAGCAU